GGGAGGGGUUGAAGAUGGGGAGGGAGGCAGGGAGGGGAGUAGAGAAAAAUGUAGUGCUCAAUAAAAAUCAAUAAAAAAUUAUUAGGAGUAGUUUUUCAAUCUUUAUUCAUUUCCCUUGCUAAUAGAAACACAGGGUUUAAUGAAAAAUUUAAAUAUGCAAAUAUAUAUUUUAUUACAUUUCCUUUGUGGGCAGAGUUUUUUUGUUUUGGGGGUUUUGUUCUUGUUUUUUUGUUUUGUGUGUUUGGGUUUUGUUGUUGUUGUUGUUUUUGUUGUUGUUGGUGGUGGUGGUGGUGUAUGUGCACACACAGUAGUACACAGGUAGUGAGCAGAGAACAUCUGUGAGACCAGUUUUUUCUUUCCACCAUGUGAUUCCUGGUGACCUGAACUCAGGUCACUAGCCUACCACUGAGCCAUCUUCAGAUUGCCUUUGUUCGUUAUUCUGUUAUAUGAAAAAGAUGAGUAACUGACACAGAAAAUCAGUAUCAGUAAGGGCGGUUAUAAAGGGAGAAUAUGAAUCUCAGCCUAGAAACAAGUGGUAUCUUCUCCUUGUCCCUAAAUAAAUGAAUUUUAUUCUAUUCUGUUGCAUGUUCAGCCCUUCUCUGUCAAUACAGAAAGAAAACAAUGUACCCCUGGGGGUUCCGGGGUAGCACCGCAUUCCCGUACUACCAAACACUGGAGUAUGGAGGAGAGGAGAGUGGCUUCUGACGGCUGAUGGAGUGGUUGUCCACACAGCGGCCUCUAAGAUGCCCAUCACCUUGUUUCUUCCAUUACGCCCCUGGGUCCCCAUAGCCACUCCAUGUCCAGAUCCUGUGUCCUGGUGUUCAUUUGAUGGUGUGUGGAAGAAGUACGUUGCUUCCUUUUUCUUCUCCCAUGGUGAACACCUUCCUUCUUUAUUCUUCCCACACAGUUAAGGUCUGGGCAUCUUGGGACCCUUUGAGGAGGAAGUCAACCAUCUGGCAGAUAGGCAACUCCCAUUCUCUCCCUCCAGACAACAAAGGCAAAGCUGCCAUCUACUUGAAUGAAGAAAGCAUUUGUAUUGGUAUUAUAAGUGCUAGCGUGGAGAAAGAAGGGAGAGAAAUUCCAGGAGGAAACAAUUAACAGCCAAGCGGUGGUCUGGCACAUUCUCUCCCCAGUAACUCCUCGUAAGCAGACGAUCUUCUCCAUGCAGCCCUGGCCCUGGGCCUGCCUGGUCAGUAACAGAACAAAGGGCCAAUUCUGUAUUUCUCUCUCCAAUGGGAUUUGGUUGGAGUCCUCUUACUUAGGGAGGUCAUUUCCCUAGCCUCCACCCCCACCCCAGACAGUAAGGAGCUGGGGUCCUUCUUGACUCUGUCACCUCCUGGAGAUGAUCCCACUUUCUGCUCUGGCUCCAGAGCUCAGGCAAGUGCCUGCUGAAAAGCUCCAAGGGUACUGUGACCAAAGGAAAGCCGAGGGAUUCCUCCCUGAGUCCCGCAAAGCUCUCCUCUGUUUUUCAUGCCCGCCUCCCCUUCGUUCACUAGACGGCAUUUAGACGGCCCACCUUUCCUUCUCUCAGUCCCUCCAUGCCCUCUUCUUCCCUAGGCCACUUCCAAGAGUCUUUCUGCAGAAGAGUUGUCCUUGACCAUGAACCAUCACUACCUCCAUCCUCCCCAUCACUGCCUUUAUUUCCUUUGUAGCAUGUGCCAAAAAAUAUUCAGUGACCUCAUUUGGGCUUACCUGUUCAUUUCCUUAAUAACUCAGUCACAGUCAGGACCUGAACUUGAUGGAGACCAGGACUCCAUGCUGUGUUCAUUCUGUAUUCUUCCCCUCCAACCACAUCUGCCCACGAGGCACUCGGUAAACAGCGUGAGCGGGUACAAGCAUUGCAGGAAAUUCUCCAUUCAUGUCAUUCAAAGACAAGUGAACCCUGCUUUUACCUGAAGAAAACCCAUUAUUCCUAUCUGAAAACCUAAGGAAAUCACCAGGUUUGGGAAUCAAAGACAAUGAACGUAAAAGCAAUUUCUAUUCUUCAUCUACAGAAAGCUUCAGCUCCAUUGAAGAAAGGGAAAUGCUUAUUUUACUGAGAGAUGAGUAGAUGAUUGGUUGGGGGUGGGUGCAAAAUCAAGAAAACGGAAAGGGGAGAUGGGAAACACAAGGCCAGAAGCCCAGGUUGUUUUUUUUUUUUUUUUUUACAAAAGGUUUUCCCUAUACCUGGAUGGAAGGUAUUGCCGUGACUGCUGCCGGCCCUGUUGGUGUUUGACGAGGAAAGCUGCCUUCCACACAGAAAGAAGGUCUGGCAGCAGCUCAAUUAGCAGACCAGCCUGGUUGCUGCUCUUGGACUCUUGUCUAAACAGGACCUGGCCUUCAGGCAACCACAGGGGCGGGGGUGUCUGCGGAUGGCAGCCCAAUCCUGCCAGACCAACGAUGGGGGAGGACCCUGCUCCUUCUUAAGCCCCAGCCAGUCAAGCCAGGGCUAGAAAGCCAGCCAGACAGCCGCCCCUUGAAGUCUCCACCUGUCUUUACAGAGCCUGGGAAGAGGAGCCCAGCCCGCACUAAGCGCUUGGGAACAGAGACCAGCCUGGUCACCUCUGCCGCAUCACCUACGACCUGCCAGCAUGACCAACCAGCUGACUGAGGAGCAAAUCGCUGAGUUCAAGGAGGCCUUCUCUCUGUUUGACAAGGAUGGGGACGGCUGCAUCACCACCCAGGAACUGGGCACUGUCAUGCGGUCCCUGGGUCAGAACCCCACGGAGGCUGAGCUCCAGGGCAUGGUGAAUGAAAUUGACAAGGAUGGAAACGGCACUGUAGACUUCCCGGAGUUCCUGAGCAUGAUGUCCAGGAAGAUGAAAGACACCGACAGCGAGGAGGAGAUCCGGGAGGCCUUCCGGGUGUUCGACAAGGAUGGCAACGGCUAUGUCAGUGCUGCUGAGCUGAGGCAUGUGAUGACCAGGCUGGGGGAGAAGCUGAGUGACGAGGAGGUGGAGGAAAUGAUACGGGCAGCAGAUACAGAUGGCGAUGGGCAAGUGAACUAUGAGGAGUUUGUCCACAUGCUCGUAUCCAAGUGAGGCUGCGCCAGAGGCUGCGAUAGCUAGGCGCCCAUGAGGCUCCUAAGCUGCUUGCAAGUCAGUGGCUACCUUCACUGUGGUGAGAAUCUUACCCAGGCCUUGGGUGUCUUUCCGUGUUUCCCAGCUUCCUCUGGGCUCUGUUGCGUCUCAGGCAAAGGGGACUUCAUCCACCAGACUGCAUUUUGCUUUCUUUUUUUUUCUGCCAGCUUCCUACCUGCUCACACCCCUUGACAGAGAAAGCCUCAGGCUGAGACAGGCAUCAACUCCUCCCAGCCCUCAAGAGCUGACACGGACUGUCCCAUCUCUGCAUGGACAGUGAGCCAAAGGACCCACGCUUCUUUUUUUCUUUUUCUUUUCUUUCUGUUUCCAACAGAAAUGAUCAUUAACUCCAUGGCAUAAACCAGGCUGGAAUCUCCGUGUGUGUGUGUGUGUGUGUGUGUGUAUGCGUGUGUGUGUAUGCGUGUGUGUGUGUAUGCGUGUGUGUGUAUGCGUGUGUGUGUGUAUGCGUGUGUGUGUGUAUGCGUGUUUGUGUGUGUGUAGCAAAAAUGAAGAGGUCUUCUUAAGCUAGUAGCAUCUCAGAACCUCCUGGAUAGGGUUCUACCAGGCACCCAAUGCUUGGCAUCAAGAAGGCCUGUAGCCUGCAUCACAGUUCCUGGAGCAUCUUAGACCAAAGACUUCAUCUGCUGUUCAGUUUGGGAAACAUCUGGGUAUGGAAUGAAAGGCAGUGAUGGGACUUGGAUGACUGAGGUCGGGCCAUCCGGAAAACAUCAUUUCGCUUCGGUGAAGCUCUGGCUUGGUCCUUUUUGUCUCAUGCAAACCUCUGUGGUUCUUUUUUUUUUCCCUAAGCUGGGGGUCAGUUGUAACACAUUUGUAUUCA